AUGCCACAGGAAUCCAGUGGUACUCUCUCUCGUACAUCACUUUGGAAAACGGUGCUGUCUACUACUGAAGAACCCGAUACUCGCUCACUCAAGGCUGCUAAACGACGCUUUUUGCAACAGAAUCUAGAGAUCCACCAACGAUGCCGAAACUCCAAAUUGCUUUCUAGCUGCCGCCGAUCAACCUCUGUGGAUCCUAUACUCUGGUUGCCCAUGCCUAAGUCAGUGUGCAGUCGCUGUAUACGCUGGAGAUUAGACUUGUUUCCUGGUGGCAAGCCUCAACCAUGCCCUAAGCACCCAACGCAACAGCUAUCUAAGAAUAACGCUAUUAGUUGCCUUGAUAUGCAUCAACGUCUGUCCAUGCUUAAAACUAUACGAGAUCCAUUGUCCUUCCUUCUGAAUAUGCUUCCUUUACGCCCUUCGGUUCCCCCAAACCUAGCCCUAACCUGGUCUCAACGGUGGUUGAUUCUAUGCUCUCUACUACAUGAAUUAGAUCAGCUACACCAUAACAAAUUGAUCCCUACAAAGCAUCCCCAUGGUAAAAAGCUUCUUGUGUGUUUAAAGCAAUUCAUUUAA